CACGGGCUAAACUGCGUUUUGUCUGAAAAGGGUGCAUGACGACCAUCGCCCGUGGUCGUCUUGCCGUACAGCGCCUUUUGUUCCAUCGCAGGUCCCUUACUCGACUUUUGACUCAACGAAGGCCUACUCAAGAACCUGCACCUCUUGAAAUUGUCCUUUUUUCCCCUCUACGGUGAUCGACCACAGUUGCUACCCAUCAUAACCAACCCGCGUGACCUCUUCCCGCGGAAGAACCGCCACCUGCGCUGCCACCAGCCACACGUUAUCAGUCGAAGCUCUCCCAAACGCUCCAGACAACCCGCACGCGCAACCUCGACCUUGCGCUGUUGAACUCUACAGUUUCUACAGAGUAUUUGAAAAGAGAAAAGGUCGCUCAAGAGAUAUAAAAAGGAGUCAUGUCGUCGAGAAAGAAGGUGCUCUUGAAGGUUAUUAUCCUAGGUGAUAGCGGUGUUGGCAAGACGAGUUUGAUGAAUCAAUAUGUCAACAAGAAAUUCUCCACGUCCUACAAAGCCACCAUCGGCGCGGACUUCUUGACCAAGGAAGUGAACGUCGACGACCGAAUCGUGACGCUCCAGCUGUGGGACACGGCCGGCCAAGAACGUUUCCAGUCGCUCGGGGUCGCCUUCUAUCGUGGCGCCGACUGCUGCGUGCUGGUCUACGACGUCAACAGCGCAAAGUCGUUCGAGACCCUCGACUCCUGGCGCGACGAGUUCCUCAUCCAAGCGUCGCCGCGCGACCCCGAGAGUUUCCCCUUUGUCGUGCUGGGCAACAAAAUCGACAUGGGCGAGGAGCGGAGGAUGAUCUCCCAGAAACGGGCCAUGGCGUACUGCCAGUCUCGCGGGCAGAUGCCCUACUUCGAGACCAGCGCCAAGGAGAGUAUCAACGUGGAGCAGGCCUUUGAGGUCAUUGCCCGCAACGCUCUGGCGCAAGAGGAGAGUGAGGAAUACGGCGGCGAUUUCUCAGACCCGAUCAACAUCAAUCUUGACCAAGGAAGGGAAGGGUGUGCUUGUUGAGACUUUUUAUUUCUCGGGGUUGGCGGAGGACAUGGCGAUUUUUUUUGGUCGACUGGGUUUCUCUAACGCCGAAGCACAGUCGUCGCGUGCGGCCCCUUUCGCACGAGUUGAGAGAGGGACGAUACUACAACAAAUAGAUUGCACCAAAGUAUGACGUUGAAGAAAUGGACGAGCGCAGCAACCUUUUCUUUCUUGUCUUGGAGUGGGUACAUGAUAUCGAGUGUUUCAUCGCUGUUGGGUUGUUUGUGCACGUUUCAAAGUGUGUUUUGAUCUUUCUGCGUCGAGGCGUUGGGCUUGCUGAGAUCUUUUGGGGGAGGGGGGUUUUCAGGCGCCAGCAGCAAAACGCCACGAAGCCCGGCAGGGCCGUGGUGUGAGAUCCAUACCAACGUACCUAGGUAAGUAGCUCAGUACCUUGAGUAGCCAGGUAGUCGAAUUGCACAAGAGUCGAAACGACGACAACGGAGUACAGUACCCUACGGGCACCUGUAUGGGAUCAACAUGAGUGUGUUGCGGAGUGUUCAGGUAUGGACCGAUCGUCACCCAAGCUGACCUGUGGUGAAGACCUAGGGUACCUAGACAUCUUGAAGAUUUUGUUUCGAAUUGUCUCUGCGCUACUGUUGACACGCUAUUUUUUGGUUUGGUAAAAAAGAGGAACAAGGAUUGGAAGCAUCAAAGUGAU